AGACCGUACUUGAUUCGUAUCUGUAUUUUUUCAGCAGGUAAUAUGGGGUCGACUAGGCAUGGAGUAGCGAUUGACAAAUUCAGUUUUUUUUCAUUGUAAACUUAUAAAAUAUAUUGAUUGCAGUACUACUUAACUCGUACUAACACAGCUUUAUUAAGUCGUUUUUGAUCCACCUGAAUCAAAAUUAUUUAAGAAAAAAUGGCCGACCCUAAGGAGCGUUCGCGUCUGCUUAACAAGCAGAAGGAGGAACGAGGUGCAGUGGAGAAGAAUUUGAAAAAAGCAAAGGGAGCGAUGAAAGAGAAGUUCGAGAAAGAGUUAGAAGCCCUAGAAGAACGCCACGCAGCAGAGAUGGCAGAAUUAGAAGGCGGAGGGAAAGGAGGUAUAAUGAACGAGUCCGAUUUUCGGGUUAUUAAAUGAUCAGCGAUGCAUUUCAACGACUCUAGAAGGCUGUGGGAGAUCUCUUCUCAGAAGUCAAUUUAAUCCUAAGAUCCACCUCAUCCUAGUCCGAUUUUCGGGUUAAAUGAUCAGCGACGCAUUGAGAAAAAUGUAAACAUUUUCUUCUUCUCUAUUGUUCUAUUGGCGCUUCUCUCUUGCUCUAUUUGUGACUAGAAUGUUGACCUUCUCUCAGUGAUUUCACGACCCACCUCAGCCUCCUUAGCUCAACUUUCCUUACCGCACACACAACGAAAACAGGUUCUACCGAAGCCACUAGCUCUUCUUCGAAGUCCUCCAAAGAAAAGAAGAUAAAAAUCUUCGCCAACCGAACGUGGGACGCGUAUUCGAAGAAGGAACUAGAAGAAGCCUGCGUAGAGCGAGGACUAGGCAAAAAAGGCGGCAAAGAGGACUUGAUUAUGAAACUAAUCGGCUUCCAUCAGGAACAGGAUAAAAGAAUAGCAGAGAAUCCCGAAUUGGCGAAGCAAGCGGAGGAGGAUGAGGUAAGAAAUUCUUUAUUGUCCAUCUAGACCCUUUUAUUCUCUUUUCGUCACGCUCAACCUCAACACACAUUAUAUAUUCUUCUCAUUCUGAAGAAUAGCAUAUGAUAGAAUUCCAAAGUCUAGACGAAACUACAGCUCAACUCGUACAACUACAACUGGACCAAACAACCACAGAAGCGAACUGACGAAUCCUCUGCCGAGGAAGAGGACUGUGAUGACGAGGAGGACGAUGACGAGGAUUCAGAGGACGAUGACGAGGAUGCCAAAGCUGCUUUGAGUGUCUCAGCAGAGGAGGCAGAGAGACAAUUUAAGAGGGAACAAUUUGUUAGAAAAGCAUUGCGACAUGCGCUGUUGAAACAGGGACCAUGCUCAUUGGAAGAGUUGCCAGCGGUAUUUUUUUUUGAAUAUGAACAAUGUUCUUCUUGUACAACUCUCAUUUCCCUAGUCAUACAGAAAGAACCUACUAUGAUUCAUUUAGGUGGAUAAGCUUCUUCUACAGUGGUUGUAAGCAAUGCAAAACUUUAACCUUCACUAUUAAUAUUUAUUGUGCCCUUCUUCGGAAGUGAAGCACGGUAUUAAAUAGUCCCAUCGACAGUCUCGGAACACUGACCAGGGCGAAACUCCUCUCCAUUCCUUCACUUUCUCAGGUAAUGGAAACCGUUGUAAAAGGAUUUGCGCCAGCAAUUAUGGGGUACUCAAGUCUGAGGAAAUUCGCGAAAAAUCAACCGAAAAAAUUCAUGCGCUUCGACAAGAAGGAGAACAUGUGUCAUCCUCCUAAAGAAUAGAGGAAGGCAGCUACUCUACUGCUGUAUUGGAUUGUGGAAAGAUGCUUGUCGUUGGACACAUGGUUUUUAUAUUCCUCAACACUUGUUGUAGACUUGAUGUCGAUCAACAGCAUUUCUGUUCCUCCUUGCUUCUCACUUAAGAAGAAAAGUUGGGUCCUUUAGCCCGUGACACUUAAGAAGAUCAACGUGACAGAUAUAACGACCCCAAGAUUUUUUGUGAGGCUCCGUCCUAGAACUACAAUAAAGCCCCUUUUCAAGAAAGAAAGCCAAACUCCAUUCUCGUAUGCGCAGUCCUUGUUACUGUUGUCCGACCUAGAUAUUUUGUCCGAACAGCGAGA